CUAUAAUGAUUUACAACCUUUCAGACACUGCAUUGUGUAGUAAUAAUAAGCAUGUAACUGGGAACAUGGGUGAAGAACCGGACGUCAAAUUCAGGUCGAAUUCAAGAGACUGUGGGGUAGAUUUGGUAAACCACGAGAAUGGGGGGCAAAAAAAAUCACCGACGGCAGAAAUUAAAGAAUCGAAUGAUGCUAGUAGUAGCAGAGGGGAGCUGCCGUACCUCUUCGAAAGAUCAUCUGGAAAGUGGUGGAAUCCGCGCAUGGAUUCAAGAAUUCUAGAAAAUCAAUGUUCUAUUUCAAACCUUCCACUUAUCAGAAACAUUUUUCGGCACGUGCUGAUGUAUGUAUGCGUGUCGUGUAUUGCAUGGAUAAUAUAUUUCGCAGUGCUUCAGCAGGCCAGUUGGCUAGCGGGGGCUAUUUGGGGUCUUGUCUUGGCCCUCAUUUGUGUUGUUCUACUUGUGUUAACUAAAAGAAAUUCAUUUUAUGCCCGCUUUUCCAUUCAUACCUCGGUAUUUUUGCUUUUAUUGCUGGCAGCAACGGGUCUGGUUGCUGGAAACAAUCUUUCUAUCAUUAUGACUCCUACUGGAAGCUUCUUCAUUGCAAUUCAAUUCAUCUUUCUUCUCCACAUUCUUUCCCCGUUCCCGUUUCCUUUCAUGUUCGCAGCUGCAGUUGUUUUCUCCAUCAUUUUCGAGGUCCUUCAUCACAUAAACUACCCACAAAGAGGCCAGUCUCCAACUGUGCCUAUAGUAUCCAGUAUAUUUGGCCGUGUCCUCCUUCACCUUGCUAUACACAUUGUAAGCUCCCAUCUCUCUUUCAAUCUACAAUGCCUUCGAAGAUGUGUUUUCUGGAAAGUGAGCCAACUUGUUCAGAUGGCCUGUGAGAUGAAAAGUCAUAAAGAAUUUAAAAGUGCGAUGAUCAAGUCUCUCAUGCCCCCGUCGGUGGCCAAUGAACUAAUGCAACAAGAAGGAGAGGAUACAUCCAAAGAUGGACAACCUGCUUCUUUGUUUAGACCAUUUACUAUGGAAAGAAAAACAGAUGUUUCGAUUCUUUACGCUGACAUUGUGGGUUUUACUCAGAUGAGCGCUGGCAAACAAGCCUCAGAACUUGUGGGUCUUCUUAACGACCUAUUUGGACGUUUUGAUCGCCUUUGUGAAGUCACUGGUUGCGAGAAAAUCAGCACUUUAGGUGAUUGCUAUUACUGUGUAUCUGGUUGCCCUGAGAAAAGAGAAGAUCAUGCAAUAUGCUGUGUUGAAAUGGGAUUAGGAAUGGUGUCUGCGAUCAAAGAGUUCUGCCAGGAGAACAACGCGAAUGUGAACAUGAGAGUUGGAAUACACACUGGAACUGUUCUCUGUGGAAUUGUGGGCACCAAAAGAUUUAAGUUUGAUGUAUGGUCAAAUGAUGUGUCGCUUGCCAAUGGUAUGGAACAACAUGGUAUACCAGGUCGCGUUCACAUCUCAAAAGAAACCCUUUCUUUUUUGGGGGAUGAAUACGAAGUAGAAGAAAGCAAAUUAGAAUCAAGAUACAAAGACUUCUUUCAAAAAACUGGCGAGACUUAUCUUAUUGUGGAUCGUAAAAAUAAAUCAACUCCUAAAAAUGGAAAUGAUGUUCAAGCUCAGAAUAAUGGGCUAACAAAAGUUUCACGCAGCUCUACAAAUAAGGUAUCAGCCAAAGUAAAAGGGGAGAAAAGGUUUUCAAAGGCCAAUGAAAUGAAGCACUCUGCUGCAAAGCCCUUAUUAAAGAAAGCUUCCACGAAACGGCAAAAGACAAACGUACAGCCUGAAGCUGCACCAGAAAAUAAACAGGAGGAACAACUGAUGCAGUUUAUUGGGGAGCAUGUGGGACCUUUUCAAGCCCCAGGUCCCCUAUCUAGAUCCAGGGACAGCCAGGACCAAAAACUAGUUGAUGAAAUCAAAGACUCCCAAUUACUCGUUGAUUUCUAUCGAUCGAAAUCGUUCAACAUUGCCACCUUGUGGUUCAACGAUGCAGAGAAGGAACAAAAAUAUCGGGGGAUUUGUGAAAAUAACGCAACGGAAGAUCUUCCAUUAGCAUCUGCCAUCUCACCAAGAUAUCGACUCUUUAGAGAUCUUCUCACCUCCUCUGUUGUCACUCUCCUCAUUUUUGUUUCUUCUAUUCUCCUUCUGGGAGGAACAUUCCAAGUAGCAGCAUGGGUGACAACAUUCGCAGUUUGCUUUGUUGUGUUGGUCACGCUUUCAAUACUCAUGGGUGUUUAUCUCUUCAGUUCAACACCUGUAACCGGUUUAUUCCAGUCGAUAGCGGUUACCCUUUCCACUUGGAUAGGCAGGCACACUCUGGGUGGUCUUCUCUCAAUCUUUCCAUCUUUUAUUGUGUUUUCUCAUCUGGGAUGCCAGACUACUUCCAUCCCAUCUUGCUCCAACUAUGAAAUCUUAUUUGGAAUUGCAAUCAUGCAUUUUAUGACAUAUGACCAGCUCUCAUCUUUUCUAAGACUUCCUAUAUCAGCGAUAGUUGCAGCUGUUGCCAUGGCUGUUAUUUUAUCCAAUCCAUGUAACUCAGCAUUAAUUUGUAUGAACGCAAGUUUUGAACUUAUUCUCAAUCUUUGCCUUCUACUUCUCUUCAUCUGGAUGAUUAUGCGACAUUUUGAGUAUUCCUAUCGUUUGGAGUACGACAGCGAAAUUGACAAACGAAACGAAGAUAUGUUGAAAACGGAGAAACGUAAAGUAAACCAAUUAAUUCAGAACUUUAUUCCAUCUCAUGUUUAUGAAGAAAUGAAGGGGCAACCUCUAUAUUCCAAGACACACGAAAAAGUUGGUGUAAUUUUCGCAACAAUCGUAAAUUUCAAUGAGUUGUAUGAAGAGUCGUUUGAAGGGGGAAUGGAAUUUAUUCGUUACCUCAGCGAACUUAUUAGUGAUGUGGAUGACCUUUUGAACCUGCAGGAAUACAAGGACAUAGAGAAGAUUAAAACUAUCGGCACAACAUUCAUGAUUGCAUCAGGUUUGAAUCCACAUACUGAUCAGGACCAAGAAACUACUGGGAAAAAUUACCACUUAUGCAAACUUAUGGAUUUUUGCAUAGCCAUGCAGGAUGCAGUGGAUAAUUUCAACAAAGACAUGCUUAACUUCCAACUAGUACUUCGUAUUGGUUUCAACCACGGUGAAGUUACUGCUGGUGUUAUUGGGUCAACAAAACAACUUUAUGAUAUUUGGGGGGAUACUGUGAACAUUGCGAGUCGUAUGGAUUCUACUGGUGUACAGGGUCGAGUACAGUUGUCCAACGAUAGCAAGAACGCGUUGGCAGAUCAUUACAACUUCGAAUACAUCGGCGAGAAACUCGUUAAAGGGAAGGGGAAAAUGCAAACGUACCUACUCGUUCGUGACGAUGAGGGUUCCAGGGUGAUCGUUCCCAACCCCACCGACAAUUACAACCCGUUUUAAAAUCCAUACCCAGCCCUACUAUUAUAUUCUUCACCUUGUAUGCGUCGCGGCCAGCGUACGAGACCCAAAAAAUGAGCUGCUUUUGGUGCCGGAAACCUAAGCCCGCUGCUCCUAUCGUGAACUACCGGCAAUAGCAAUCACCCGUUUUAGCGCAUUCCGCAAAUUUUCUCGUAAAAGUAUUUAUUGCGUUUUACUGAUCGUUGUUUUAUUCCACUGAAUCAAAAAUCGUCUGUACCUGCAAUAAUAUCCGCCGCCUAAGUGCCGCGGUAGUUAACUCGUCGCCGUGUAUGAUCCACGGCGCGUCUACAAUACUGUGCUGUACACAACUCGGAUGUUACUGCCGCAUUCUCUCCUAUCGAGUGGAUAUAGCACUUACUACAUACACCCUAGUUUCUUCACUUUACACAGUUUUUUCCCACAAGGUCUGUUCGAAACCGUUGUUGUAUCUUUACCUUGAGAAGGCUUUCACACGUCCCCGUUAUUUUUCUGAAGCAAUGAUGUGUAGAGAGUAUUUUCGAGCGACUGAACUACCUUUUUGUACAUGUUGUGUAUUGCCUUGUCGUCGUGUUACUAAUAAUAAAUACUAGUGGCAAUUCCCGGA